AUGUCAAACACACGCCCCCAGACAGAGUGGAAAACUGGUCUCUUUGACUGUUGUGAGGACGUAAGCUCAUGCUGCUAUGGUUUCUUUUGCUGUCCUUGCCUGGCCUGCACGGUUUCAAGCAACUUUGGAGAGAGCCGUUGUCUCCCGUUAUGUGACAUCUGCAGUCCAGCUAUAACAUCAGCCAUUGGGGUACCUCUGUGUGUGCCUCCUGCUCUCCUGUCUCUGAGGGUCGGCAUAAGACACGCAUAUGGUAUCAAGGGAAGUCUCUGUAACGACAUCGCCACCUCCUGUGUCUGUGUGUGGUGCACCUGGUGCCAGAUGCAUCGUGAGCUGAAAUACCGUAAAAACAACCAGACUGUCAUCGUCAAUGUGCAGCCUCAACCAGUGAUGAUGGCUCCUGGAAACCCUCCCCCUGCUGGUUUCAUGGGUCAGCCUGGAAUCGUCAUGAAUUCAUACUGA